UUUUCCUGGCUUAUACAACUUUCAUGAUCCCUCAAACAAUACUUAAUUUGGCUCCUAAUCUACCAAUCUAGUUUGUAGGUUGUUAGCCUUUUACUCUUUUGAUGCCUUCCUUUGAAAUGAUCUCCAGAAAUUUGUUGUUCCACUUCAAAUAUUACAUGCUUUGUUUGCUUAGCUUCCAUACCAUUGAAUAUUGUUGUUCCACUUCCAACGACACAGACCCCUGGAACUAUCUUGACUCUUACUGUGGAAAUAUUACAUACAAUCCUAACAGUCCUUCCGGCAGCAUUUACAGAGCCAAUCUGAAUUUCUUGCUUUACAAUCUGUCUUCGCAUGCAUCUCGGACAGACAACAAUGGCUUCUAUAAUUUCAGUACUGGCGAUGACCCUUCAAACAAGGUCUAUGGCCUCUUUCUCUGUCGAGGUGAUGUCCACACUGAUGUUUGCAAAGAAUGCGUCGCAGAUGCCCACACACGACUACUUCAUGAGUGCCCAAAUCAAACAGCUGCUAUUGUUUGGUAUGACAAGUGCUUGGUACUUUUUUCUGACCAGACGAUCUUCUCCAAGGCUGAUUUGGGAGAGAAUGUGACUAGGCGCAAUCCAUUCGAUGUCCCUGGACCUGACUGGGACAAAUUCAAAAUGGUAUUGAUCAAUUUGUUGCAUAACGCUGCGGAUGAGGCUGCAAAUCAUACCAUGGGCAAAAAGUUUGCUGUCCAAGAAGGCAAUUAUUCCACUGAUCAAAAGAGAUUGUAUACCCUUACGCAGUGCACACCAGAUCUAUCCCCUUCUGACUGCAAAAGUUGCCUCAGAGAGGCUAUAAUGGACGUACCCGCGUGCUGUUCCAAGAAGCAGGGAGGGAGAGUACUUUAUCCAAGCUGUAAUCUGAGGUAUGAGGUCUCCAGCUUCUAUGAUAAUGUUUCCUCUGCCUUGCCAAACUCUCCUGGCGGUCCUCCUCCUAAUUCCACUGAAGGUAAGUUCUGCAGCCUUGCUAUGGCCGUCUCUUCUUGGAAUUGGUGUUGA